AUGGCACUAACACCGCAGGACGGUGUGCUCAUCGUUCUUGCUCUGAUUUUGUCCGCUUCUUCUUUGUUUUACGGAAGAAGGAAGUCUGAUGAACCCAGCGAGCAUCUAUGUCCCCAAGCAUACAUUCUGCGGAACCAGGUAACACACGCAAGACACCUUCCGUUGGAGGCGUCGCACGCCUUUACAUAUCCUACGCUCUCUCUACUCGUAUCUCUGGACGCCUUGGAACGUGGCUCAUUAGACCUGGGGCGUGGUUGGAUCUUUGGCUACGGAGGUUUGUGGGGAAGACUUGUUGGUCUCCGGUCCGAACCCUAUGUAACUGGCCAGAAGGCCUUGUCGAUCCGCAACAAGUUGGAGGGCAUUUUGGGACACCGUGGUUAUGUGGAUACGAUGGACGAUGCGUGGAUGAUGACAAUGCCCAGUUUCCUUGGGUUUGAGGGGAUCAAUCCUCUUACCGUUUAUUUCUGUUACAAGAAUGGUGACUUGUGGAUUACCGUUCUAGAGAUUCAUAAUACUUUUGGGGAGAGUCAUAUCCAUGUCCUCGAAGUGAACCACAAUGAGGACGAAACUCCAUCGAGAGGGUUAGUACCUACAUUCUCAAAGAACGAGCAAAGUAUAGCUCACCGUUCGGGUCCUAGUUACGACCACCAAUGGACAUUUCCACGAGAAUUUCACGUCUCUCCUUUCAACGACCGAACUGGAUUUUAUAAAGUUUCCGUAAAGAAGCCAAGUCACCUACCCUCCCUGGAGCGCGUCAAGUUGUCAGCUAGCCCUCCGCCUCCUAGACCCACCGUUCGCGUCUAUCUGUACACUGCGUCGACGUCGAUACCUCAUUCCCCGGAGAAACUCAAGCUGACGGCGCUUCUUCGACCGACUUCAGCCGUUCCUCUGACAAGCUCUGCUCUUCUCCUGACUCUCGCAACAGCGCCGUUGAUCUUGUUCCUUACAAUGCCACGUAUCUUACUUAUGGCAUGGAAGCUGCACUACCAGAAGCGACUUGAUGUAUACCCGCGGCCAGAGCCCCUGCCUGCUGCUGAAGACUGGAUUUCCGCACUGCCAGAUGACACAAAAAACCUCGUCAGAAGAGGGGGUGGUGUGAAAUGGUUGAAUGAAGGCUUGCUUGAGAAAUAUGCUCAGAGAUGCGUAAUAAGCUUUCUUGUUCAUCGCGUACAAGAGACAGGCAUCGGCGUCACCCUUAUCGCUGCGAACCCUGCUAUAGCUCGGCUUUCAUAUUCACCAUUGUCGCAGGCAGAGAAAGAGCAUUUGACGAUCUCAUAUCUCUCCUCCCAAGUGUUCAUUGUUCUAUUGCUCUCGCCGUCAGCGCAACAUGCCCUCCUGCUCGGCAGUGACACGGAAAAGCUAUUUUCCGCGUCAUCCCGCGACCUGUUCAUCAAAUUGUUCUCAGCUUCGCAGGUGUCAAGUUCUUUGGGAAUUUUGCAACGCCUUCGCCUGAGAGGUAUAGGUCAGACGAUACCAUAUCCCAUACCUGCCUGCCAUCCGUUGGAUGCCGAGAGCAGCGUGGUGAUCAGAGGGAGCAUGAUAGUUUUAUCGCUUCUGUUGGACUCAUUAGAGGCUUUCUUAUUUAGACUUGCUCGUGUAAGGGUAGUUGCAGGGCAAGAGCCAUGGCUCCGAUGGAAGAGGGCGGCGAGUGUUUACACGUGUAUAGCUAAAGGCUCUGAAGUGACGCAGUUGUAG